GCUAAGAAGGAGGAGAAUAAGGAGAACGAAAAAAAGGAAAUUAGGAAAACGAAGGUCAUCGCUAUUUCUCAUUAUUAAGCGCACAGCGACGCGGCACUGUUGUAGACGUUUGGGCAUCGUUUCUUUUGUCGACUCGUAUCCAUGAAGGAGUAUUUGGCAACGCUCAUAUUCCACGGAUUGGUGCUGAUGUUGGCAGUAAGGACAGCCUCUAGCCAUCCUCAUCCUCUCUAUGGGCUGGCAUCCUUCGUUCAAGAAGAUCCUUUUGGUCAGCCUGGAAGACAAGAGCACCCCAACUCAAAAAGAGGGUUCUGGGAGAAAAGGUCGUCGGAGGAAGUCGGUGAUGUCGAGGGCUUUGAGAGUUAUCCCGUUCCUCAACUUCAGUGGACCAAGAGAAACUUCCAUGAGAAGAAGGGGUUCGGAACGAUGAUGCCAGCUUUUCUCGUGAACCUGUACAGACCUGACGUCUCUGCCUUGCCCCAGAAUUCCCCUUUCUCCCCCCCAAGAGGAAGCACCAUGAGGGAGAAGAGGAGCAAUAGCCAGUGAAUGCAGUCGUGCUUGAUUGAGUGCAGCCGGCCUUCGAGGCGUGUGUUCUGUGAGAGAUGUGUCGUCACUUUCAAUAAGAAACUUAAAAUAUGGGAACAUGCAUCCUUAUCUCAUCGAAGACUCGUAGCUACUUCAGAUGUAUUUCAGAAAUUGUCUUGCGCGUUACUAUGAUAAUACAGACGACUGGGUGAGACACAGAACCCAAGAAGGUUUCCUUUCUGCCUGUUAUUUUUUCUGUUUUUUCCCCUGAAAUUUUAUCAGUUGUUCAUUAAUGAGAGUUUAAAAAUAUAUGCCAUGUUUCUGUUGGAUAAUAAAAGGGAAUAUUUACUGCAUUCAGAGUUCAGUUUAUGUAUUCGGGUAUUGAAUUCCAGGUUUUAUUUUUUAUACACCAUGUAUAUAUUUGGCUCCCUCCAAAAAUAAACAGUCAGCUUUC